AUGGUUAAAGAUGACUGUACUUACAAUCCAUACUUUUAUUUUGCACAAAAUGUCUGUCUCAAUCUUUAUAAUACUGAAUACAUCACUGAUCCAAAUCCAAGACCUCUUCCACAUUUAUCACAUCUUUGCUAUAACAGAUUUCUCAGAUAUCACAACCUACCAACACUACCUGAACCACAAACUAUUAUUUCCUUUCUUAAUUAUCUUAGUCUUUUCGAAUAUAAUUUAGAAAACUCACAUAUUUAUACUCUUACUAUCUCUAUUAAAAAAGACUACUUCAAAGCACAUAUAUAUCUACCUUUCGAAUCCAAACCAUUACCAGAUCACUUCGUUCCACCUAGAGAAGCUCUAAAGCAUUAUCAUAAUAUCACACUUAAAUCCAAUAGCUACAUUACACCCAAUAGCUACAUUACACCCAACACACUAACAAAUCUUUUUUUAACUACCUCAUCACCUUUACUAAAUUCCGAAAAUAACCCUCUUCUGACUAAUGAAACAGACCUUUCACUUACACCACCACAUACUUCUUCUGAAAACUACUAUACAAAUCAACCUCUAAACAUACUUAACACAACUCAAAAUAUUUCAGACCAACCUUCCUUUACACUUGAACAAAUUAAAAUCUGCUUUCUUAAUACAAAUGGACU